UUUGUAUUAUUCUCUUUAUUAUUAUGAUCUAUGAGUAACUGAUAUAACCAUUGGAUAUUAUUAUACGAAGUUAACAACUGAACUUAUAUACGUUGCGAGUUGUGCAUGAUAUUAAAUUUUCUGUUUGUUUGCAUUACUCUUUAAGUUCGUAAAGAACCUGGAAUUAUUUUUGUUAUGUUUUCGUUAUCAAGUAGCGUGGCGCAUAUUGAACAGAAUCAGUUCCAAGAUGGUGAUUGCAAUCUUUUCAACAUCUUCUCCUAAAACCUUUUUUCCUGUGGUGCCAUAUGAAAAGCCUAAUCUACAAGUGCCUCUUUGAAACCAAUAUGGAUCUAGUCUCCAAGAUCACCAUAUUCGAAAAUUGCUUGGAGUCUUCGCAAAUGUUUGUCCAUCCCUGUCCUGCAGGUGUGAAGCUUACAUUACAGUUGGUGGAAGAUCUUUUGAGUAAUUUCUUUGAGCAUGUACAUCAGCAUACUGAAAAUGAUUUCCUCCACUACAUUAUUGUUAUCCAGUUGUUCGAUCUUAGCAUAAGCAAAACACAGACCACUUCAGGUUGAAUUAAAGAUUCUUUGGUUCAGGUCACAAUCAGUCUUCCAUCGUCAAAGAAAAAUAAAUGAUACUCACUUUUUAAUUUGUUUAUUUGCUUAAUACGUAAUGAUGAUGGAAACAGUUGUUUUAGUUGCAAUUGGUGUUCUGACAGUAGUAUUUAUUGGAUCACUUCUGGCACUUAUCUUAGUAUGCCGUCAUAAAUAUUGUCGACCACUAGAUUUAUUAUCUCAUCAGUUAAAAGAUGCAAGGCCUGAAAUAAAGUUAAUUCCCAAUGAAGAUGGAAUUGAUUUAGAACUGGAUGAUGUAAGAUUGCACCCAAAUAUUGAAAAAAUUUUGACAGAUGAGCAGUGGGUAGAUGAUGCUACUGGUCUUAUUCCACAUUGUUUAGCUAUUUUGAAAAAAUGUCAUCACUUAACUGAAAGACUGGUUGCUAUGAUGAUGACACAUGUUUCACAACAAUCACCUGAAGAUCUUGGAGAAAUAAUAGAAGUGGCUAAAAAAAUCAGCCCUCGUGUUGAUGAUGUUGUUAGAGCCAUGUAUCCACCCUUAGACCCACGAUUAUUAGAAGCAAGGUGCACUGCUCUUAUCUUAUCUGUUAAUCAUAUGGCUCUCAUAACCCGAUCUAUGUGUCACUUGAGAACAAGUUCAAAUUGGAUUGAAGCAGCAUUGACAGAUAUGGAAGAAAAUCUUUUGGUUUUAAGAGAGGCUGGAAUGGCAUUAGAAACAGGAGCUUCUACCACAUCCUCAUCCAAUGUUGUUUCUCCUGUAGAUGGAAAUGAAACUGCAGCAUCUGAUAAUUUCAUUGUUGGAAGCCCACCUUUAUCUCGCAGCAUUGCAUAUCAGUGUUGAAUUUAAUGAUUCUUACACAAUGUUUCAUUACACAUUCCAUUUCAUAUUUUGUAAUUAAUAUGUAUUUCAUGUGAUAUGUAAGGCAUUUUUUAUGGAAUCUCAUGUUUGGAAGCUAGUGUUAUUUUUAAUAGUUGUAUACUGCUAUCUGUCUUCUAUCAGUGUCUGUGGUAAUGCAGUUCAUGUAUCAAACAUAUAUGUUAUACAUAAAAGUCUAUUUUUAUAAUUCAGCAUUUUCAAAUGUUUUAUGGUAUUUCUUCAAAUAGUAAUUGUGGAAUGAAGUAUGUGUAUGUGAUUAUGGCAAAGCCUCGAGGGCUAUCUGCUUAAGGGGAGGGAUGCCAUCGUGGAGGACUUUCUAAGGGAACUGGCUCGUAUACACGCUACACAUGGGGAAAACCACGAAAAUGCCCAUGCAGCCAGCCCGUUCGCGGGAUUUGAACCUCGGACCGAACUACCAGCGUUCAGCGACUUUACCGCUCGGCCACUGGUGGGCGAAUGAAGUAUGAGUGUUCUCAUAGCUGUCAUAUAUAUAACUACCUGGAGAAAUAUAUUUUUAUAACUGAUAUUCACUUUAACGUCCAUUCAUUAUAGUGACUAUUUUAAUGCAAUGACUGGUGUUUAAAUCAUGAGGAGUAUAUUAUAUCCAUUUUUAUUACAGUGACCUCUCAUUAUAAUGUUUUUAUUUAGGACAAGAGAGAUUGUUAUAAUUAGCAUCAGGUGUGUAAUUAUCUUAACAUCUUAGUAAUGAAGUGUAUCUCUCAAAUGUAUAUACCGUGCAUAAAAUUCUAUUUUUAUAUAAUGUCAGAAUAUCAAGAUUAUAUAUAUUUUUUUAAUAUAUGCAGAGGUAAAAGUCUGUCUUUUAUAUUAUUAAUUAAAAAAGUAAGUUGAGCUAUUUUAACCUUGCCAUAAAUUAUGUUGCUCACACAUUUAAAUUAAUUUCUGAGUGCUUAACUAUUUCUAAUAUACACACUCUGUUUCUAUAAUAUGAAUCAUGUUUUAUGAAGCAGUGUAUCAGUAUAACAAUACUUUAGUUAUUUAUGCUUUAUUGGGUGAAAGACAUAAAUUUAUUAUAUUGAUGUAUUUUUAACUUAAUAAUAUAAAUUUUAUGAAAUGCCAUUUUUGAAGCAAUUUAUUAUCUUCAAUUUAAUAGGAAGCAGUAUAACUUAAAAAAGUAAAAGCAUGAACAAAAUACCUGUCUAGUGAGAAAAAGACAGUGUAAAUGUAUAAUCAUGUGCUGGCCACAUUUAAUUUUUUUUUCAUUUGUAUUCAUGUAAUUUUCAGUAUUUGCUUGAAAUGAACUACAGUAGACUCAUAAUUAACUGGAAUAAUACAGGAGAUGAUGUCCACAGUUAACCCUAACUCAUGGUUAAUCCAAUAGCAAUUAAAAAAAAGCUCCAAAAAGUGGAAUAACCAAUAUUAUAAUUAGAAAAAUACUAUUAACAGUUCACAUGUAUUUUUAAGCAAUUUGAUUUGAAACAUAAGUUUAUUUGGUUCUAUAAAUUCAAAAUAAGAUCACUAUUAAAAAAAUGUUUUUUGAUAUUAUUACUCUUGUCCUUUGAUAGGUGUCAAUGUAAAAUAGAGAUUAAUAGCUGCACACUUAAUUUAUUUUUAAUGGAUGAUUUAACAGUGUCUACAUGUUCUAGGUUAUAUACUCAUACAAUUAAAUUAUGUGUUGUAGAUAAAAUUAAUUCCUAAAUAGUGUGACAUCUUUUGCUAUCAUUACUGUUAUCCAGUGCCA